AUGGACGAUUUCGACAGAGAUUUGGACAACGAAUUGGAGUUCUCCCACAAGUCCACUAAGAAUGUUAAGGUGCAUGCGACUUUUGAAAGCAUGAACCUCAAGCCAGACCUCUUAAAAGGCAUAUAUGGCUAUGGUUUUGAGGCUCCUUCAGCUAUUCAGUCCCGUGCCAUCAUGCAGAUCAUUAACGGGAGAGAUACUAUUGCCCAGGCUCAAUCGGGAACUGGGAAAACAGCCACUUUCUCCAUAGGAAUGCUCCAAGCCAUAGAUACUAAUGCCAAAGACUGUCAGGCGCUAAUUCUUUCCCCAACUAGAGAGUUGGCAGUUCAGAUUCAGAACGUCGUUAAACAUUUAGGUGACUACAUGAACAUCCACACACAUGCUUGUAUAGGAGGAACGCAUGUGGGCGAUGACAUCAAGAAGUUGAAACAGGGCCAACAGAUUGUGAGUGGAACUCCAGGUAGAGUCGUGGAUAUGGUCAAGAGACAGCAAUUAUCCACUAGAAAUAUCAAGAUGUUGAUUUUGGACGAAGCUGACGAAUUAUUCACCAAAGGUUUCAAAGAACAAAUCUACGAAGUUUAUAAGUACUUGCCCCCUUCAGUCCAGGUGGUUGUAGUUAGUGCAACUCUUUCACGAGAAGUGUUGGAAAUGACCAACAAGUUCACCACAGACCCUGUCAAGAUUUUGGUGAAGCGAGACCAGAUCACUCUUGAAGGUAUUAAACAGUAUCAUGUUCAGUGUGAGAAAGAAGACUGGAAGUUUGAUACGUUGUGUGAUUUGUACGACAACUUGACCAUCACCCAGGCCGUGAUCUUCUGUAACACCAAGCUCAAAGUCAACUGGCUCACUGACCAGAUGAGAAAGCAGAACUUUACUGUUGUGUCUAUGCAUGGUGACAUGAAACAGGACGAACGUGACUCCAUCAUGAACGAUUUCAGAACGGGAAACUCCCGUGUGUUGAUUUCCACCGAUGUGUGGGCCAGAGGAAUUGAUGUGCAACAAGUUUCGCUCGUGAUAAACUACGAUUUGCCCACUGAUAAAGAGAAUUAUAUACACAGAAUCGGUAGAUCCGGAAGAUUUGGAAGAAAGGGGGUAGCCAUCAAUUUGAUCACUAAGGAGGAUGUUGCUACGUUGAGAGACUUUGAGAAGUAUUACUCGACGAAGAUCAGAGAAAUGCCCAUGAACAUUAACGAUAUAAUGUAG